AUACGUUGCAUCAAGCUGUCGCGCGCAUGCAAUUGCAGUUUUGUUAUGCCGUUGCUCGCGUCGUGAUGUAACACUCUCUUCGAGUUGACAAUCCGGGAAGCCCGUGCCGUCGUAGAAGAGCUUGCACCGAUGCGCGUUCCGGGAGGAACGUAACUGGAAGAAGAAGGAGAAGAGGAGAUAGAGAAAGCUCGCUGACGUUUCUGGAGGCAAAAAAGUCACCCGACCAGCUGAGAAUUCGGAGUAGCUCCAUUUUGCGUCUCCCCUCCCGGGCUCUCGCGAGGACGCGAAAGUAAAAUACUUAUAUAUUAUAUUACAUAUAUAUUGCCGUUCAGUUUGACAAUAUGAGGGCGAGCUCGCAGAUGAAAUACUCGUGUUGCUUCCUGGUGAAGAACUCAGCGGACAGUGCGUCCAAGAGCCUUUUAUACAUCCCGUGGCAGUCGACUGAGACCUUGGAGCUGCUGCGGAUGAAGCUGUGGACAGAAUACAAGGUGCCAAAGGAUAGACGCAUUUUUUACAUCGACGAUGACGGUGACAGUGUUCCGAUCGAUUCGGAUUGCGAAUUGCAAGAAGCAUUAAAGCUCGCUCGCAAGUGCUUCAACAACCUAAUUCAGUUGAUCGUCGGUUCAUUCGAAGAGACAAGCAGUAAAUAUUCUUGGUUUGACGAGACGUAUUUAUCCGAGAAAAAGCAAUCAAAGAAUACCGAAUCGACGUUGAUGAUCGAUACCCAAAAUCCUUACGAGUCUUGGUACACCUUAAACCAUAAAUUUUUUAAAAGCUUAUUUUUAAAUAAACAGAUUGCUCUCAAACAAGAGUGUAAUAGUAUAAUGAAGAAGGUGUUGUUGACAAUCGAUGCAGAACAUGAUAAACCGAACGAAACAAAAAUUCUACAAAUCGACGAACAGGUGGAAUCGAAAGUGGAUACUCAAGAGGAAGCGAACGCUUCGUCACUGCAAUGUUCGAACUGUACUUUGCCUCCUCUGUGGUUUACAGAGUACAUGGAAUCGAUGAAGAAAGAUAUGAUGUCCACAAUGACUACCGAAGUGGUAAAAAACGUGUCGGAGGUACUAGAAAAACGCUUGGAUUCCUUUGCGCUUUUGCUGCUUAAGGACUUGGAGUCUUCUCUUGCGAAACGAUAUCCUCAAUGCAGCUCGGACUCGAACGAGAAGAACCAGGAGAAGAUAGAGUCUCACGAACAGUUGAGUUCUGUGCCGAUCAAACGUACGGACGAAUCUCGAAACGCGAAAGAUAUGCAGAUAAAGAAAAAGACGUACACAAUAACUAAUGGAGUGGUGCACGAAGUAUCGAACUUGGUGGAGAUAAUUCCUCCGGAUCCUCUUAUGCUUGUCCCGCCUGAAGACCAAUCCCAAAGUCAAUCGCAACUUCCUUCCUCGACAUCUCCCCGAUACUCCUUCGAUUCGCAUUCGAGCGAGAAGAACCCAAAAGUGUUAAAAACAAGACUUGUGGCUUGGGGGCAGCCGAAUGACAACGGUUCAGACUUGACGAAUGAAUUGAUACGGCCAAACUACUGCAGUUAUGAUGAGAAAACAUUGCAGCCGACUAGCUUGCUCAAAACCAUACCCCAGACAUCGAAUAAUCGAAAAUAUUUAGAGCGAAACGAAGCGGAGAUGAGCAAUAUUAUAAGCAAGUCAAACCUGUUUAACACGCAGAAAAGAAAACACUUCUAGUCUAAGUUACAUAAUAAGCAAUUCGCUCAGAAUAUAUAUGGCACUCAGGAUAUGCCGUGGAAGGAUUCCAUUGACCAAUCACGGACAGAACGAGGAUCAAAUGAGACAGCUUAUUUGGAGCCGAUCGAGAAAGAUCUCCGUAUGAGCUGCUCUGUCACCGGGAAUCAAAUGUUGGAUGAGGGUCGUCUUAGUAAAGACACCUUGCACAAUUUCCAUUUUAUAACAGAUAACUUAAACAGUUGUUGGUCAAACAAUCAGAAGGAAAAGGGAGAGGAGGAAAAGGAUUCUUCCGAUGAUGACGCUUUCGAGAUCAUCCAGAUGCCUGAUUCGAAUGAUGGAUUUACACGUUUUCUAGACACCAAACCACAAGAAGACGACAGCAGUCGAGAUUCGCCCAGCUUCGAACUACUCUCGGAGCCAGCCUCGCCGCCGUCCUCCAUUCAUUUGAACGAAGACCACUUCUCGGCAGACGAAGAAAGACUUGAGGAGCAGUCUAGGAAGACAAAUUCGGCGAACUCUAUCUAUGUAGACAUCAUUCAAGAGAACAUCUUCAAUUACGAAAAUCAGUCUGUGAACGUCGAUGAAUGCGUCGGUGUCGAUUCGAAGAAACAACUCGAUAUCCCUGAUACCUUCAUAAUGGAUGAAUAUAUUCCGUCGACGAAGGAGGCUCAACAACUCGAUAUCCCUGAUACCUUCAUAAUGGAUGAAUAUAUUCCGUCGACGAAGGAGGCUCAUUCGUCGAAAUCGUGUACACAGCAUCAGUCGAACGAGCAAAAGAGUCCUCGAGAUGACGGUUCGUGCGACGACGUGAGAAACUCGCACGCGAGCUAUUUGACUGUGCAAAAUCACUGCGAUUCGAAGACGCAGUCACAAUGCAGUUGCCAGUCGCAGACCGACUCGAGCGAUUUCACGCAGAGCUUCCACUCGCAUACCACGUCGGUGACCGACACCACCGACAUGUAUGCCCAUGCUUACGCCAACAAGUAUAAUGAAUCAACGACAGCCAAUAAUGUAAUACAGGAUGUAAGGCCGCCGUGUUUUCCAUUAAUGGAACCCCAGAACCCAUGGAAGGAGCGCAACGCACGAGCGGAUGGCGACUGGACGAAAGAAACUAAAACGAAUAAAAAACUUUGCCAUGACGAAGAACGAAUCUAUCCAAAAUAUUCAUGCGCAUUGAACAACAAUUAUGCCUGCUCGUGGGAUCCUUCUUUCGAUGAUGAGUAUCAGUCUUUUAAAGACAUAACCAGAGUGAUUACCGCCUCCGAUAACAUAGACUCCAUAGACUCCAGUAUAGCCUUAGCACACAUGGCGAGCAAGAUAUCGGCUGGCGAUUCCGUUCACAUCCUACCGGAAACGCUGGUCAGCGCGGCUGCGCAGGUCGGCUCGUUCGCUUUCGAUGCCGCGCGUGAAAUGUUCGACAAGAUACGUGCACAUACGAAGGAGGAUCCUCUUAAAAAAAACCGCGGCGGAGUAAAGUGGGAGAACAAAAAGCCCAAUCAUCCGCCGUUUUACUAACGAACCGCUAAUCACGACCCUUUGUUUAUAGGACUCAUACACUAAGCGCUAUAUAAGAUUACUAAAUAAGCUCGUUGUUAGAACGAUGGGUAAGUAAUGCGAGAUGCGGAUCGCGAAAUUGUUUUUCCUACAGAUAUACUUGAAGCACGGUACAUAUACGGAACGGCGCUCUAGUUGUUUACAUCACUCAAGAGUUUCGUAGUUUAUGUGAUGAAUAAAAUUGAGUUUUGUACGCCGACAAUCGACUUAUUUGAAAGAUGUCGAAUGUACAGGAUGUUCCAUUUUACUGAUGAAAAAAAGAAAUUUCAACGAAAACCGAAUCGAUGGAGCGACAAUUUUCGACAGAAAUAGCGAGGGUGCCGGAACUUUCUGUGUAUAUAAGUAAUUCUUAAUUGUGCGCGAUAAAUAGAAGUUCCUAAAAAACGUCCCCCCUUCCAAGAAAAGGUGUUUAUCGCGUGAAAUUAAGUGUCACUGUAUAUGUGAUAGUACUCAUAUAGUAAUGGUUUAAUAUAGUUUUACGCUAUAUCAUAGAAUGUCAAAACUGAUCGUAGCUGUUUUUAGAAUUAAAAACCUACUUAAACGUUAAAUGAAAAUGAAAUGAUGCAAAUUGAAAGAGAACAAGAAAUAAUUUUAAGUCGGCAGGAGGAAGGGUGGAUUUUUGAAAGAGAAUUUCUGUAUUGCAUGGCUAAUAGAGGCAAAUUGACUAGAUGGAUGUACUUCCGCUUGUGCAUUUCUUUCGGUGAGGAUUGAAAUACAAAAUGAUUUCAAUAUAUGCAAUUUCCAAUGAUAAAAAUACGGAAAAAAGCAACCUGUAUAUCAAAAUUUCAUUUACUCGCGAAUAAACCUAAGGAUAUAUCCGAAAUAAUAUUGAUAUCAAUCUUGAAAUAAGAGAGCAGGAUGUACAUUAUAUUUAGGGUUCAAUCGUCAUUGCUAGCUUAUGCGGAUGAUUUUGCGAUAUCUUCGCAAUAUAGUUGCGCGAUUCAACCCUUGAUAAAUAUAUGUAUCACCCUGCAUAUGCGGAAUUUGGCAUAAAAGUUGUAGCUGCCGACCCGACGAGUUUUUUCAAUCCAGAAAAUCAAUCGAAAUUGUCAUUUAUCUGCAACAUGUGCAGCAUAUUCUGCGAGACGAUGUAUGUAUGUACACUCGGCAACAGAGAUGUCAUUACACAUGAACUUUUACACGAGUAUCGGCAUAUUCCAAUUUUACACAUUCACGCAUCAUGAUUGAUGAUUAUUAUUUAGCAACGCUGUUUCAAAGCAACUGAAAGAAACAUUUAAUAUUUUUAAUAGUUUGAUGUUAGAAAGAAUAAUUAUAUGUUG